UAAAACACCACACUGUCGUCUUCUAUCCUCACUCUCUCUCUCCCUCUCUCCCCUCUCUCUUACAGCACCAAGAAGUAAACUCUCAAAUUUUCCUCAAUUUUCCCAGCAACCAAACACCAACGUUUUCUUUCUUUAACAUUCCCUAGAAAUUUUAAAUCAAUGUCGGAUUUCGACACUGAAACAAAAACCAACACCACCACCACCAACUACAAUCUCCCUCACAAACUAACCUCAACAACGCCAUUUUUGAAUCUUAAACUCUAUGUUUUAAUUGCAAUUCUCUUAAUAUGUCUCCUCUUAGUUUCAUUCUUAAUAUUUCUCUGUGUUCACCUACGCCGCGCCUCUAGAAAACGCAACAAGAUGCGAGUGAAACACAGUUCGGGAUCUAUCCCUUUAGUGUCUAAAGAAAUUGUGGAGAUUAAAGAUUUGGAUUUUAAGGAAAACAAAGAGAGAGACAAGGGCAAUGUAGUGACUGUGGGUUUUGUAAAGAUGGAGAGUGGUGGUGGUGGUGGUGGUGGUGAUGUGGAGAUGGGAAAGAAGAGUGGAGAGAGUAGCAGUACUAUUAGUGACGACAUUUCGUCGGUGGAGGAAAAUAUAGGGUGGGGUCGAUGGUAUAGUUUGAAAGAGCUCGAGAUUGCGACACGUGGAUUUUCUGAAGAAAAUGUGAUCGGUGAAGGAGGGUAUGGUGUUGUCUACAGAGGAGUUUUGCAAGAUGGGUCUGUCGUUGCUGUCAAGAAUUUACUUAAUAAUAAGGGUCAGGCGGAGAAGGAGUUUAAGGUAGAAGUUGAAGCAAUUGGAAAAGUAAGACAUAAGAACUUGGUGCGCCUAAUUGGAUAUUGCGCAGAUGGUUCUAGCAGGAUGCUUGUUUAUGAAUAUGUUGACAACGGAAAUUUGGAGCAAUGGUUACAUGGUGAUGUAGGUCCUGUUAGUCCUAUGACCUGGGAUAUCCGAAUGAAUAUUGCAAUUGGGACAGCAAAAGGGCUGGCCUAUUUACAUGAAGGUUUAGAACCUAAAGUUGUUCAUCGAGAUGUAAAAUCCAGUAACAUACUUCUGGAUAGAAAAUGGAACCCCAAGGUCUCAGACUUUGGAUUGGCCAAACUCUUGGGUUCUGAAGCAAGCUAUGUGACCACACGUGUUAUGGGGACAUUUGGAUAUGUAUCACCUGAUUAUGCAAGUACAGGCAUGCUUAAUGAGGGGAGUGAUGUAUACAGUUUUGGUGUUCUUCUUAUGGAGAUGAUUACUGGAAGGAGUCCCAUUGAUUACUCCAGACCAGCCGGAGAGAUGAACUUGGUUGAUUGGUUCAAAGGAAUGGUAGCAAGCCGUCGUGGAGAGGAGCUUGUAGAUCCCCUCAUUGAAGUUCAACCUGCUCCAAGGUCUUUGAAACGAACAUUGCUGGUUUGCCUCCGAUGUAUUGAUUUGGAUGCCAGUAAGCGACCAAAAAUGGGGCAAAUUGUCCAUAUGCUUGAGGCAGAUGAAUUUCCUUUCCGGGCGGAACUUCGAACAGUUCGCGAGAAAGAUCCUCCUCCUUCCCAUGCUGUUAUCUCCAACAAACUUCAACAUCCAACCAAGCAUGCUGGCAGUGGUGCUGAUGUUGAGAUAUCAAGGCGAAGAUGAUUGUUCGCAACCUGAAGCUUAUUGUGCUGGAUUCAGAUUAUUUUGUAGCAUAAUUUUCCACAUGUAUACGAAAGAAGUGAUUACAUCUUCAAUGUGCAUAUAUCAUAUUUACACGUUUUCUCCUCCA